AUGGCUGUCUCCUACGCCGAUGCCUCUGCCCCCGCGCAGCCCAAAUCCUCACACCUCUCCGAUCCCGCGCUGCUGCCCUUCAUCCAGCCACAUUUCGAUCCCGUCGACCACCUCAACUCCGUUUUGCCCGCAUUGGCCGUUAGCUCAACGCAAACCAAAUCCUCAAAUGCUACCGCUCUCCCGCUCCCCGAUGUGUCCGCACAAACUCAAACCCUUCUCUCCCAGCUCAAUGCCCAGACUAGCCGACUGUCUACCGUGCUCACGCAAAUGACCGACGACAUCCUGCGCAGCGGCGGAAGACUAGCGUAUGAGGUCGAGGUACUGCGGGGAGAGACUAUAGGCCUAUCCACAGCCCUGACAGAUGGUCUCCGCCAAGACGUCGAGAGGUUCGUUCCGGGAGGCGUCAGGGUCGCCAGCGAGCAGCCCGCCGACGGAGCCAAGGCCGACGCCGUGGAGCGGAGAGCCAGCGCGGCCACAGCGGGAGACGAUGUGAAGUCUGCCGCUGCCGAGGCGGACGGCCAGCAGGAGGCCCCAGAGCUGCCCGAGUACAUCACCCGCCUCCGCACCCUAACCCAUGUGCGCUCCCGCCUUGAGAGCGUCAUCAAGGUCUUCGGCGAAGCCAUGCAGUGGACACUACCACCUUCGGAGGUUUCGCUCGCCUCGUCACUCAUCUCCGUCUCCGCCCCGGAACCCGGCUCCGACAGCCACAGCCGCGAGGAGAAGGGCCGCGAGUUUGCAGAGAAGCUACGCAACGAGGUUGCGGAGCUGGUCACGGGCACUGACGAAGGCUACGAGGCGGCCCAGGCGCGGAUACAGGCUCUGCGCGAUCUGUCGCAAGUGUGGAAAGACACGGCCGAAGAGAAAGCUCGCACGCGCUUCAUUGAUGGACUGGUCAAGCUCGCCGAAGACAGGCACAGGCAGUUGAACCCACAGUAUCAACGUCAGCCAAGACCUAACCCGCCGCCCAAGGCGGAAGAAAGUCGUUCCAGGGUGCCUGAGCGAGGUAUCGGCUUCCUGGACAACCUCAACAGGAUGCGCGAGAAUAUUUACCUGAGCUGA